UUGCUGUGUGUGUGAAUUUGUUGGUGUGCGUGUUCCAUCAAAAUAUUUUCCCAAUAUAAUUUUUUUUUGCAAAAUUCGCAUAGAAAUUGUAGUUUUCCCAUCACAAAAGGUGGGUAAUUGACAAGGGGAGUGUACUUUGUAGUUUUCCGGACGUUUCCUGCCGGGAAGAGACAAUGGGGAGCGAUGUUUGAGAGAGUCGGAGUGGGUAGUUUCAGUGGCAUCACGUACAAGAAAAGUGGCGAGCUGGCGCGCGACAAGAAAGCGAGGACGAUUGCUGUGUCAGUUCUCUUCCUCGAUGACACCACACACACCUUCCCGCUUGAGAAGCGUGCCAAGGGAGCUGAAUUGCUGGAUGCAGUCUUCAGGCAUCUCGAACUCUCCGAAAGGGAUUACUUCGGAUUGCAGUUCAUCCAUCAUCAGCCUGGUGGAGAUAACGUUGCGACAUGGGUGAAUCCUAACAAGUCCUUCAAGAAGCAAUGGCAAACUGUACGUGGUGGCGAUGUAAAUCCUUCUCUCUGCUUUAAAGUUAAGUUUUUCGUAACCGAUCCGAGCCGUCUUCAGGAGGAAUAUACACGAUAUCAAUUCUACCUUCAAAUAAAGCGUGAUAUUUUGCAUGGGAAGCUACAAUGUUCCCUGAAUACUGCCUGCCUACUGGCCAGCUACACCGUUCAGGCGGAACUUGGGGACUACAGUGCUGUCGAUCAUACACCUGGGUACCUUUCGGGUUUGCAAUUGCUGGCUGAGCAAACGGAGGAGACGGAAAAGCGAAUUUGUGAACUUCACAAACUUCAUCGUGGUCAAUUGCCGGCAGAUGCGGAAUAUAAUUAUUUGGAACAUGCCAAGAGGCUCGAUAUGUACGGCAUUGAUUUACACAGUGCAAUGGAUAGCGAUAGGAAUGAGCUGCAACUGGGUGUAUCAUCCAAUGGGUUGAUUGUCUUUCAAAAUGGAAUUCGCAUGAAUAUGUUCUCUUGGUCAAAAAUGGUGAAGUUGUCGUUCAAACGGAAGGAUUUCUUCAUUCAACUCCGAAGGGAAAUUCCCGAAAGCUACGACACCCUUUUGGGUUUCAGCAUGAAAUCACAUAGAAAUGCAAAAGCUCUCUGGAAAUCCUGCGUUGAGCAUCAUUCAUUCUUCCGCCUACAGCGUCCACAUCGUUCACCGCGCUUCCUCACCCUUUCGCUGGGUUCCAAAUUCUACUAUUCCGGCCGGACGGAAUUGCAAGCAGUGCAGGAGAGUAAGCAACGCAGUAAGGUCUCAAAGAUCUUCAUUAGAUCCCCGAGUAAGCGUAUCCUUGGGUCCCCGUUGAAUGGUAGUGAAAGCAAUGGGAAAUCCUCGUCGUCCAUUAUCAUGAAGAACACCCGUCCACAUGACAAUAAAGUUACCUCAAAGCAGACAACGUCCAUUCCGCGGAAAGCGUGGGAGCAGCAAAGUGACGAUGAUGGAUUCAUUGAGCAACUUGCAAGGAGCUACGAUCUAAAGCAGUUCAUGUACAGUGAGAAUGGGCAAGAGGAUGGGCAUGUUGUCAUUCACCUUAAGGCCGAUGAACAGGGUAGAUUUGGGUUCAAUGUCAAAGGUGGGGCAGACCUGAAGCUCCCCGUGUUGGUGUCGCGCGUUGCACCGCACACACCUGCCGACAAGAGUAAUCCACGCAUCCGCGAGGGGGAUCAGGUUAUCAUGAUUAAUGGCUACGACAUCAGUGGGUUGAAGCACGAUCAAAUUGUUGCACUAAUCAGGGCUUCGAGGGAGUAUCGUGGUGGUGAACUCGUGCUCACCAUUAAGCCUCAAGCCAAUGGUGACAUGGUUGAGGAGGAACCAAUCUGUCUGUAUGUGCCGGAAAAUGAUAGUGUCAACCCACAACUGGAAGGUGAUGCUCUUUUCGAUCAAUCUCUGCUUCUUCUCAGCGAUGGCUUAGCAUCGGGAGCACUUUUGGCGCAAUAUGAACAAAUGUACCGGAAGAAUCCGGAUUUGGCAAUAACAGAGGCUAAGAAACCCGAAAAUGCAGCUAAAAAUCGCUACAGAGACAUUUCUCCGUAUGACUGCACUCGUGUUGUUUUGAUCAAUUCAACUUCCGGUGAUUACAUUAAUGCCAAUUAUGUGAAUAUGGAGAUCCCAGGAGGAACAGUCAAUCGCUACAUCGCCACACAGGGCCCUUUGUCCAAUACAACGACGGAUUUUUGGCGAAUGGUGCAGCAGGAGAGUAGCCAUUUGGUUGUUAUGCUGACAACGGUGAUGGAGCGUGGGCGUCCGAAAUGUCAUCAAUAUUGGCCACUAGCUGGUGAUACGAUGGAUCUAGCUGAGGGCUUUUCAAUCCAGUGCAAAAGCGAGAGUGCCGACGAGACGGGAAGUUUCGUCUUUAGGGAGCUCUACUUAUGUGAUACAAAGACUGACGAAAAGAGAUUAAUUCAGCACAUGCAGUAUCUGGCAUGGCCUGACCAUGGUGUGCCACCGGAUCCAAAUCUCUUUCUGCAGUUCACUGAGAAAGUUCGUUCAGCACGGAGUACGACACUCUUGCAGGAGAUUGAAGCGAGUCUGCGGCAGGUGCGUCUCAUGGAUGCCGACGCUGAGGAGAAUGGAGUGGAUAUUUGUGAAAGGAAAUCAGCAACGGGAAUUGACGAUGAUAGUCCUGAUGAUAUUCCACCAUCAACAAGUGUUCAUCAGUACAUCAGUGCUGCCAAUCCGCCCGUAAUCGUGCACUGUUCUGCAGGAAUUGGACGAACUGGCGUACUGAUACUCAUGGACACAGCAUUAGCACUUAUGGAGCAAAGGGAGCCCGUCUAUCCGCUCGAUAUUGUUCAAACAAUGAGAGAUCAGAGGGCUUGUAUGGUACAGAAUGCUGGUCAGUAUAGGUUUGUUUGUGAGUGUAUUUGCGCAGCUUAUGCCAAAAUGGCAAUGGAAUCUCAUCAGUAAUUCUAACUUAUUAUUAAUUAUUAUAUUAAAAAAAAAAGAAAUGAAAAACAAAUUAUACAAAAAAGUACGAUACAAAAAAAUAGUGAACCGAAAACAAUAUCUAAAAAAGAAAAUUGAUAAAACCAUAUUAGAAAGUUUAGUGAUGAAGAAAAAUUAUGAUGAAAAAAAAGGUAUUUAAUAUUUUUAACAAAUUAUAUAUCCAAUGUAUUUAUGUAAUAUUUUAUGGAACACAACAAUCCCUUUUCGAGUGUCUAUCUCUUACAAUAAAAAUCCCCUUUUUAUAUACAAAACAAUAACACGGCCAUGUCCGAAUUUGGCAUGGUUUGAGAACUUUGAGAAGGAAGAAAAAAAAAACUAAAAAUUCUAUUCAUAUGUAUACAACAAGGAACCUUUGUACUGUGACCUUCACAACGUGGAGCGAUUUAAAAAAAAACGUGUAUGCAAAAUAUAAAAAUAAUAUUUAGACUUUCGUCCCUAAAAA